AGUGUAAUCGGUAGCUUUACUCAUUACAUAUCCAAAAUGUCUGGUAUAGCAGGGGCUCGUUUGACUGAAGAGAGAAAAGCCUGGAGAAAAGAUCAUCCAUUUGGUUUUGUAGCCCGACCAUCCAAAAACCCAGAUGGUACACUUAACUUAAUGAAUUGGGAGUGCUCCAUUCCUGGUAAAAAAGGGACACCAUGGGAGGAAGGACACUACAAAUUGAGAAUGCUAUUCAAGGAAGAUUACCCCACUAGUCCACCCAAAUGCAAAUUUGAACCACCAUUGUUUCAUCCCAAUGUAUAUCCAUCAGGUACUGUUUGUCUGUCCCUAUUGGAUGAAGAAAAGGACUGGAGACCAGCUAUUACAAUCAAACAGAUUCUUUUGGGCAUUCAAGACUUGUUAAACGAGCCAAACGUGAAGGAUCCUGCACAGGCCGAAGCUUACACCAUUUACUGCCAAAAUCGCUUGGAAUAUGAGAAGAGAGUAAGAGCUCAAGCUAGAGCCAUGAGCCACCAAGAAAGUUAAGUUAUUAAUUAAUUGUAUGUGUGAAGUUUCUUUUUUAAUCAUUUCAUUUAAGACAUAUGUAAUAGGGUAAAUGUAAUAAAUUAUAAGCUUUAUC